UUUGACCAUACACACUUUGUUUUAGAGACGGCGCAGAGUGAACAAUUAAAGAUUGUGUGUGACUAUGCUGAAAUAUGUUGGUGUUUGGAUCGCCCUGUGUAUAUUACGACUUGAUGGAAAUUCUUCAAAUCUUGCUUUUCACAAACCUGCCGUCAUGAGUACAGUGUAUGACUAUAACUUCGCAGCGACACGAGCCGUCAAUAGAACCAACGGAACCGACUUCUGCGCAUCAACAAAACAUGGUGACAUGGAACCGUGGUUGAUGGUCGAUCUGCAUGGAUCCUUCCAAAUAGAUAACGUCAUCAUCACGAACAGAGGAGACCGUUACUGGGGGCGUCUACACAGCUUCACCAUUGACGUGUUUACGGAAAACCCAAUAGGCUGUGCACGCGCCACACCAGUCCAGUGUUACAACCGCACCAACGCACUGGGGCGUGGUGAGACUGUACAGCUUAAAUGUCGCUCGCCCGUGAUUGGUCGGUUCGUCCGUGUUAAGAAGUGGAAAAUGAUGAGCCAGUAUGAUAUACUGGCAUUGUGUAAGGUUCAAGUGUUUGGAACAAAAGAGACAGCUUGUCCUUUCACCAGACUUUUCCACCGAGCACGAGGGACACGACUGAACUCGACACAUGACGUCAUUUCCGGCGUCGCUGACGUCACGAAUUGCGCGAGCAGAUGUGGCCACCGCGAUUGUUUGGCGUUCAACUACAACCAGAACAGUCAACAGUGUGAGCUCAUUUCAGCUCCGACGUUUACCGAUUCAACAUCGAUGACGUCAUCGUGGGAUUACUACGGAGUGGAUCUUUGUUGAUCUAUUUAAUAUCUGAACUUUGUUAAGACUGGAAGAAACACGAGGUCAGCUGUGUUAAUUUACUUUCAGUGUCCUACAUUUCUGCUCGAAACAUUUUGCAUGAUAUAAACUUGUUAAUUGCACCAGCCAUAUUCGUGUAUACAUUCGUCAGAGCGUGUUAUAUUGAACGCAUGAUUCUAAAAGAAAUUCCAUCGGAAUAAAUAGGAUUA